AUGGCGGAAGACGAAAGUUCGCGGUGCUCAACAAGUUGUUCUGAAGGAGAAACGCACUUGAUUAGUUCAGGUGCAAAUGGCUUUAACAGAGAUGAAGAGGAUUUGGAAAAGGAAAACUUUCAGAGGAUAUUAAACGCAUUCCUGUUUUACAGAUCACAUUCACUGAAGCGUGUCCAGAGAGCGGAGCAGCAGUAUCGAGAUCUGCCUGCUCACCACCAAGAAAUGUUGCCAUGCUACAUGGAUCAUAUCGACCUGGUGCGCACCUGUAUUGAUCAUAAUUACCAGGUGAUCAAGUUAAUCACGGCGCAGACAAGCGGCAUGUUUGAAAACAAGGAUCAUGGACCCGUGCAAAGUGGGGAGAAUGUCAUUCGCGGUGUACCUCCUACUGGAUUUGACAUGGACAAGGUCAAGACGACCCUGAAACAGUUCUCCCGCGACUGGAGCGACGCUGGAAAAGCAGAGAGAUCUGCAUGCUACGAUCCAGUCAUCGCUGAAAUUUGUCAAAGGUUCCCAGUCCAUAAGUGUGACCCUUCGACCGUUUACGUUUUAGUGCCGGGAGCUGGCCUGGGGAGGCUCGCUUUCGAGCUGGCAAAACAAGGAUAUUGCUGCCAGGGCAAUGAGUGGAGUUUGUUCAUGCUAUUCGGGUCCAAUUUCGUGUUGAACAAAUGCCGAGAAGUCAAUGCGUUCACGCUGUAUCCCUGGGUUCAUAGCUGGAUCAACUUGAGGUCGUUUAGUCACCAGAUCGAGGCUGUGACCUUCCCCGACGUGAACCCUGCAGAUCUCCCUGCCAGCGCAAACUUUUCCAUGGCUGCUGGGGACUUUCUCGAUGUCUACACAGAGCCAGAAUCUUGGCACUGUGUUGCCACUGUGUUUUUCAUCGACACAGCUCACAACAUUAUAUCAUACAUAGAAACAAUAUGGAAGAUUCUAAAGCCUGGUGGAUACUGGGUAAAUAUGGGUCCUCUGUUGUACCAUUUUGCAGAAGUGCCAAAUGAGCACUCUAUAGAACUGAGUUACGAGGAAGUCCGGUCUAUUAUCCUUAAGUUUGGUUUCGAGUUUGAGAAAGAGGAGCUGUCUGUCAAGUCCACCUACACUCAGAACGUUCACUCCAUGCUGACCUAUCAGUACAACUCCGUAUUCUUUGUUGUGCGCAAACCCUUGUGAAGAGACAUACGAUGGUGAGGCUGUGUGGAGUUAUCUGCCCCUGGAAUUAUCUCCCCGGCUCUGCAGGGCGAAAGAAAAUAAAAUGUAUUGACGGAUUUGAAGCCUGAAGACAGCCGCGUUACCUCUGUCAACUAAUGAACUAAUGUGGGAGAAAUGUGUAGUGAAUCAAGUUUUACAAAUUGACUCCGGGCCCGUGCGAUUGCUCAUGUUGGAUUCCUUUCCGGUUGUACGUGGGAAGGUCUGACAGCAACCUGUGGAGGGUGAUGGGCCUCCUUCUGCCAUAAUGCUGGCUGCCGCUGGAAUAUUCUUGAGUACGGCAUAAAACUCACAAUAAAAUGAAAAAAAAAAACCAACAAAUUUUAACGUAUGGGGUCCAAAAAUAAGUGUAUAAAUGAAAUUUCAAAUUUUGACUUGUGUCCACUCUGGCUUUGUAAAAUAUGCUCCCAGGAGCCUAACCUCUUGAACCCACAAGUGAUUUCCAGAGAAAUUAAAUACAUUUUAUAAAUAAGAUAUACAGCCUGCAUUGCACAAGUAAGUGGACAUAUUUAAAAACCAAAAUUAAUUUACGUGUAAGAUUUUUUUCAUGAAAAGGGCCAUAUCUUUUCGUGAAUGUUCAAUGGUAAGUGUUGGAGAAACUCCACCCUGCCCCACCAUAUGUCUAUGAUACCUGGGAAAUUUUCACCAAAUAUCAACCCAGAUUCCUGUCAGCCAUUUCUAUACCAUUUCCACACACGUGUACAUAACAGUACAAAUGUCGUGGCCAGUGCCUUUCAGGUUAAAGGUCGUAGGUAUGCUACCUCCGGUGUGUGUCACACACACCCACAUGGAAUGGUUAAAGGUCGUAGGUAUGCUACCCCCGGUGUGUGUCACACACACCCACAUGGAAUGGUUAAAGGUCGUAGGUAUGCUACCUCCGGUGUGUGUCACACACACCCACGUGGAAUGUUCUCUUUUACCCAGUGCAGCUCUUAAGAUGUUUCCUUGUGAACACAGUGUUCAGUUGUGUUUAAACGAGGAGUUGAAAAUCAGAUUCCACAUUUUUCUUGUACUGUACAUGUUGAUAUUAGCAGGCCUAGCCAGUAUUAGGGGGAUUGACCCAUUCGUCCUGCAGGAGUUUUAAUGCGAAGUAUAAGCUAGAUAGCUGUUUUUAGAGCGCAUGACUGAGAUAUCUUCUCUGUGGGACAAACAAGUCCACGUUGCUAGGUUAAAGCAUUUUAACCAUCAUCAGUCACACAUUUCAGCAAGCUUUGUGCGUUUUAUGGGAGCCCCGAGACUUUAAAUGGGCUCAAACAUAUUUUCAAGUUGAAAUCAGACAAAAAUACACAUACAAAUUAGGCGUGGGCUGAAUAUUUGGCAUUUGUCCAAGUCUGGAAUGCUGGGGAAAAAAAGCAUGAAUGACCCUUGUUUAUCCCACGUAUGACCCAUUUUUGUCAUGUGCACUGAUGCAUAAACUGAAACUGCCGUUUGGCUUAUCAGGACAACAUGGUAAAUAUUGAAAGAUUGGUCAGUGAAUUGAGUAUAGGGUGAACGCUUAUUACGCUUGAUACUACUGGGUGAAAUUUGGUCAGUGAAUUAAGUAUAGGGUGAACGGUUAUUACGCUUGGUACUACUGGGUGAAAUUUGGUCAGUGAAUUGAGUAUAGGGUGAACACUUGUUACGCUUGAUACUACCCUGUGAAAUGACAGUAGUGACCUAAGUACGUGUGAUGCCGUAUUUUCCCUAGAGUUUGGCAUUUUAAGAUAACACAUUUUGCUUGAUCCUGGUUUGUUCAUUUACCGUAUAGAGCCACUUAAGAUUUUGUGUGAAGUUUCGAUUCUUUUGUUAUCAGAAAAUCUUAUGUAAAAGCACUUAAGGCCAUCAGAUGCUUCUGAAAGUGCAUUUUAACAUGCUAAACUUUAGGGGAAAUACGGUAGCAGAUAAUGACACAUAACAUUUCACAGCCAGUGUCUUGGUCGUCAGCUUACGUGUGGUCUUUUAGAAAACCCAGCCUCCCGUAUUUUACCUUACGUAUGUGAUUGUGUUUGUACAUAUGUAAAUGUAUGUAUAUGAAAAAAAACAAAGAUGAUUUUUAGUCGCGUGGUAAAUGACAGGACUGUGGCAAACUAUUUUAAGCCACACUGUAAGUGCUGUCUUACCCCAUAGUGUUCAGAAAUUAUAAUGUUAUAAA